CACCAAUUUGUUGUUUGUCAACCGCAAUUAAGCAAGCAGAAGAAGGAGAAGGAAAAGCGUUUGGCAGCUACGGUAGUUGUAGCCCUCAGCUGUAUUUAAAACUAGCAUUUUUGGUAUAGUGAACUCGUACGUUGAUUUUUGUCUUGUUUUUAUUGAUAAUAUGCACAAAUCAAUGUAUAUAAAAUAGGCUAUCGCGACUUAAACUGUUUGUUAGGAAACAACUUACACCAUUUAGCUAAUAGCUGAAGCUAAUCAGAGAGCUAUCACAUCCGAGUGUUUGUUAGAAUGGCAGACGAGUCCCUGUUUGAAUUUCUCCAUUUGGAGAUUGUUUCCCAUAUUUUUAGUCAGCAGUCAGGCAAAGGAGAGAUGGACAACAAGGACAGAGCUGUCUGUAUUUCUGUUUUGGAAGCCAUGGGCUUCAGGGUGGGACAAGGUCUCAUUGAGAGGUUGACCCGGGACUCUCCCAGCUUUAAAGAUGAAUUGGACAUCAUGAAGUUUGUCUGCAAAGACUUCUGGACCAAAGUGUUCAGGAGGCAGGUGGACAACCUCAGAACAAACCAUCAGGGUACCUAUGUCCUUCAAGAUAACAAGUUUGCGCUACUAACUCAGCUCUCCAAUGGAAAACAAUAUCUGGAUCAGGCCCCUAAGUAUCUUGCGUUUUCGUGCGGUGUGGUGAGAGGAGCUCUGUCUAACCUCGGUCUGGAGAGCGUGGUGACAGCCGAGGUUUCUAGCAUGCCUUCAUGUAAGUUUCAGGUGGUGAUCCAGAAGUCGUGAACCAAUUAUGUUUACGGCAGAAGAUGAGUGCAUCGUAGUUCUUGCUCUUUCAUCAAGCAUCACGGCUGCAGAAGGGAUCAAAUAUCACAACCGGACUACACGGAUUGUCCCUCUAAGAGAGUGAAACAGACUUUUAAAUUGGGUUGCAGAUAAUGGACAGAGAAUGUCUGUUUCCUUCUUUAUUUUGAUUGAGGUUUUGUUCAUUUUUACUGUUUAGUAAAUGACAGGAUCUCUAGUUUACAGAGGACCUUGAUUCUGGUUCACCUUAUUCAGCUUAUUAGAAAUGUUCCAGUUACUACAUCAGCAUACAUUUAAAUGUUUUUGUCAAUGCACUGUAUUUUUUGUAAUGUGUUGCAGAGUUUAGUCUUGUAAAUGUUACUGGAAAACCUCUAAACACAUAAAAACUAAAAUCAGAACAAAGAAUAAAUAUUUAAACUCUACCACCUGCAGGACUGCCAUCUCUGACGCAAUGAGUGUGAGACAUUUGAAUGUCUUCACACGCUCUCACGUCACACACCCAAAUUCUCCUGCUGAAAAAAGUUAAAACUAUCUGAGCUACACAUUACACUACUGUACACGCUCCCCUAGCUACAGCACUACAAUGUCUGUCUUAAAUUGAACUUGUUUGAACAAGAUGGGGAAUUGAUGCCCCCAGUGGUGAAAAGCUAGAACUAAACUCUGGUUCUGUUAAACCAUAGAAAUAUGUUACCCUGAAGCAGAAAAAAAUUAUCCAAAUUGUUUUUGUCCUUUUGUAAAUAUUAACAUUGAGGAUAAGGAGGAGGAGGAAUAGGGAACUGCACAUAAAGUUACAAUAUUUAGUAGAAACUUCCUGUCAAUUUUUUCUAAGGAAAUGCUACAGCAUCUUGGCGUUGUAAACAAUGUUUCACCCUAAAAGCAUUUAUCUUCAUUUAGAUGAAAACAAUUUAAAUUUUAUUUAUGUAAUUGUGUUAAACAUGAUGGUUGUGUGCUGUGGCCGACUGGUCAUUAGAAGCACCAGGACGCUAAAUUUCCGCCCUUUUCCGGUCGGCUCAUGGGUCCCUUGAAUAGAAAAAAAGCAAUAUAAGUGAAUAUGUGUUAAUUAAACAGAAGUUAUUUGUCACAUUUGAGAUUUAUUGGCUUGUAAAAAUGCAUAAUUAACCCUUUGAUGCAUAAUGGUCACUACAGUGGACAGGUACUCAUAAUUGUUAUUUAUUUUUGCUAUUAAGCACAGCUGUUGAAGACUUUAUUGCAUUUGAGCCCCUCCAUUUGGACUUCAAGCCAACAUAUUUCAUGUUCAGCAUGCACGCUGUCCACUAAGGUGGACAUGUAAUAAAUUAUUUGUAAAUUAAAUGUUACAAAAAACAUGUAAAUAUGAAAUUUGUUUCAUUCACACCUAAAGAUGAAUGAAAAAAAAUUGUUAAAGAUAAAUCAUGGUUGAAGAUUUCAUAAUUCAUGCAUCAAAGGGUUAAAAAGACAAAAAAGUUUCUUUGUCUAAAUAAACAUAAUUGAAUUACUUCUAA